AUGAGGAGGGCAGCUCUGAUGGUUUGGCUCAGCCUUUUGCUGCAAGUGUCCCAUUGUGCUCAGGGUCAUUAUGCCCGAAAACUGCUGAACGACCUGAUGGAGGACUACUCCAACGCUCUGAGGCCUGUGGAGGACACAGACGAUGCCCUCAACGUCUCACUGCAGAUCACGCUGUCACAGAUCAAAGACAUGGAUGAGCGGAACCAGGUGCUAACUACCUACCUGUGGAUCAGGCAGGUCUGGUAUGAUGCCUACCUGAAGUGGGACAAGGAGGACUAUGAUGACUUGGAGAUGAUAAACAUCCCCAGUGACCUUGUUUGGAAGCCGGACAUAGUUCUCUACAACAAAGCAGAUGAGGAGUCGUCCGGUCCGUCUAACACCAAUGUGAAGCUGCGUUAUAAUGGAGAAAUAGUCUGGGACUCACCAGCCAUCACAAAAAGCACGUGCGUUGUGGAUGUCGCCUACUUCCCCUUUGACUGGCAGUCCUGCAAUCUGACCUUUGGCUCAUGGACCUACAACGGCAAUCAGACUGUUCCACUUUUACAGGUGGACAUCAGCCUGGGCAUGGACAGCGGGGACCUCUCUGACUUUGUGGAGAACGUGGAGUGGGAGUGUCACGGCAUGCCGGCGGUCAGGAACGUCAUGAUGUACGGCUGCUGCUCCGACCCUUACACAGAAAUCACCUACACGCUGCUCCUGAAGCGCCGUUCCUCCUUCUACAUCUUCAACCUGCUCCUGCCCUGCUUCCUCAUCUCCUUCCUGGCUCCUCUGGGCUUCUACUUGCCGGCCGACUCGGGAGAGAAGGUGUCGCUGGGGGUGACCGUCCUGCUGGCCCUCACUGUGUUCCAGCUGCUGGUGGCUGAAAGCAUGCCUCCCGCGGAGAACAUGCCCUACAUAGGGAAGUACUACAUAGCCACCAUGACAAUGAUCACAGCUUCCACAUCCCUCACCAUUUUCAUAAUGAACAUUCAUUUCUGUGGUGCUGAGGCCAAACCAGUCCCGCACUGGGCCAAGGUGCUCAUCAUCGACUACAUGUCCAAAAUCUUUUUCGUAUAUGAAGUGGGCGAGAACUGCACCACGCCGGAGAGCGAACGGACCCCACUAUAUCCAGAGGAGCCCAUGAGCGACGGGGCCUGCUACCGCGACGACCGUUUCCAUGACAGUUUUUACCCUCAGGACAGCGACCAGUACAGGUACAGCAAUGGCCACGGCGUGCGCAAUCACGACAAGCAGCACAAAAAACAAAACCACGCGAACGGCAGCGCCAACGGUAGGCACCACCAUUACAACAACAACGCCUCCAGGCCGGAGACCAAGCAGGAGCCCACGCAACGCUACAAUCACAUCGGGACAGAGGAACUGGACUACCAGGCACCCAUGCACCCACCGAACAUCCAGUACCUGAACGGUGGGCUCAAAGAGCAAAUCCUCUACCCAUCUGAAAAGUAUCAGGUCCUCCCGUCCUGCCCCUGCUGCUGCCCCUGCCUCCAACACAAAAAGGUGGUGAAGAACAUCCAGUACAUCGCCAACUGCUUCCGAGAGCAGAGGGCCACAUGCGCCAAGGUAGCGGAGUGGAAGAAGGUUGCCAAGGUGAUGGACCGCUUUUUCAUGUGGAUCUUCUUCGUCAUGGUCUUCCUCAUGAGCAUCCUCAUCAUCGCCAAGGCGUCUUGA